AGUUGACCGUUUUUGUAUUUAGGAAUAAACCAUUUCAUGAGUUCGUAAGGCGCACGUUAGCAUUACAAUCUCGAUUAAAUGGCAGAGAUCCCUUUUGCUCGAUUUCCAGUAAACACCAACUGAUGUCGAAUUGAUUGGGAUUUGGGAGUUGUAAUUUCUCAAUCUUUAUUGAGAAAUCAACCUGACCCGACCCCAAUUCUGAAUUCUGCAGAUUGAGAAAAAGGAAUAAAAAUGGAUUCACUUAAUAAUGAUAUUAAUCCAGAACUGGUGCGAUUUCACGAGGGCACCGUUUCCGAUUCCAAAUACAUUGGAGAAAUCGGAAUCUCCAUGGAAAUUCUAACGAAAGUAGACCUGCAAUUGGCGUAUUCAUCAGAGAAGUUACUGAAUUUGGAAAGUCUUUUAUUACACGUAUUAUCAUGGGAAAACGACUUUGAAGCCAUGGAUUCAGACGAUGUCUCAGUGGAAUUCGUUGAAAAAUCGCUCACAGUUGAUCUCUUAUUCAGUUUCGUGGAUUCCGAGGUUAAAGAAUUUGACGGGUCAAUUGAUUUGAUUCGCGUUGACCUUGUUGACACUCAUCAAAGGCUCUCAUCAUGUAAACAUCUUGGAGAAUUAUUCUCAAUCGUUGAAGGGAAACUGCAUGAUUCUGAGGACUCUUUGAAGCAAUCACAAGAACAUGUUCUUGAGAUGAAGAUGAAAUUGGCCAAAUUGCAAAUGACUUCAUUCGCUUUCAAUAACAAUGAAUGUUUCUCGGAAGAUUUUCAAGGUUUGGACAUUGAAGCGAAGCCAAGGUUACAAACGAUUGAUAAAGUUCAUGUUCUUAAAAUGCUGGAGAAAUCGUUAUCAAGAGAGCUUGAUCUCGAGAAGAAAUUAACAGAAUCAAAGCAAAACGAAGAAGAUUUGAAGCUAAAAUUACGAUUGACAGAACAAGUCGCGUUCAUCAUGGAAGAAGCAGCAGAAGUCGUUUGGGGUCGUUUUUUGGAAGCGGAGAAUGCUUCUGUUGUGCUCAUGGGGGUUUCAAGAGAUCUGGUAGCUCGACAUCAACUCAUUCAAUUCAAUCUCAAUGGUUUUAAUCAUCGAGAAGAUGGAUUUAGGUUAAAACUUGAAAACUGUAUCAAAUUAUUGAACACAAAAGACGCUUCAAUCGAGAAACUCAAUAGCAGAAUCACACAGCUCGUUGCAGAUAAUCUCGAAGUUUCAACUUUGAGAGAAAAACUCAAAUCGCUAGAAGAAAAAGUCAACGAAUCAGAAUCUAACCUGAAGAAAGCGAAUUCAACAAACGAAUCGAUCCAAGAACGCGUAAGAGAAAUGGAAAACAUGAUAGAGUCGUUAAAAGAUAACCUUUACACAGCAGAAACUAGGGCUGAAACCGCCGAAGGGAAGGUGGCUCAAUUGUCCGAUUCAAACAUUGAAUUAACUGACGAAUUAGGGUUUCUAAAAGGAAGCCAUGAAAGCAGCUCGAAGAAGAUGACUAUACUUGAAAAACAAUCGAGAGAACUCGAGCUUCAGUUGCAAUAUGCAAAGGCGUCUUCUGAAGCAGGUCAAGAACAACAAAACAUGUUGUAUUCUGCAAUAUGGGAUAUGGAGACUUUGAUCGAUGAACUGAAGCAAAAGGUCUCCAUAGCUGAAAUCAAAGCUGAAAACGCUGAGGAUCAGUGUUUGUUGUUGACUGAUACAAAUUCAGAGUUGACCAAAGAGGUUGACUUUCUUAGAGCUGAAGUUGAAUCACUUGAAGCUUCUUUGAGUGAGGCUAAUCUUGAUAAAGUGGCUAAUGCGAAAGAUAUUGGUAUUAAGACAAAGCUUAUUAUGGAUACAGUCAUGCAACUUGCUACAGAACGUGAGCGUAUAACAAAACAGUUGCGUUCUCAAACGGAGAAAAAUAGGGUUUUGACGGAAACCCUAAAAAGAAACACAACAUUUUCCAAUCAAGAAAUGAAAGUUGCAACGUUGAGUGAAAAGUUACCACAAAACUUGACAAAAUCGUCAUCGGAAUGUAUAAAGGCAGGUUGAAGAAAUAGAAGUGGUGAAUGACCCUGAACCAGAGUCAUCGGUUACUGAUUCAGACUCGAGUGUGGAUGAAAUAGAAGUAGAAGAACCGGAAUCCAAAACUAAAAGAAUGCUUGUGAUUAGAGCGAUUUUUGUGUUGUUGAUCUCGGUUUUGGCAGCGUUUUUUGUCAGUUGGAAACCGGUUGGUUUUGAUGUUACUGUAGGUUGAAGUUUUUGGAUUUGUGUCAAGUAAGUAACAUUUGUUUUUUUAUGUAGUAUUUUUUGUGGCAGGUGUUUAAUUUGUGUAUAUGUAUAUGUAAAUCAUUGUUUUUCAUAAGUGAGGUUGAAGUGUGGACAU